GAAAGUACGACAGACGGAAGUCUGUUCUUCUUCCGGGUGAAGCAUAGGACGCGCAGCGGAGCGGCUUCGGUGUAUUUUCUUUGCCCUCGGUGGUUUCGGCGUCUACGGAGGUUUCCUUUUUUUCUGCGGGUGAAGCCGAAGUAUCCGAGUACCGUUGCCAUGGCGAUGCAAGCGGCGAAACGCGCGAACAUCCGUCUACCACCUGAAGUCAACCGAAUUUUGUAUAUCAGAAAUUUACCAUAUAAAAUCACAGCCGAAGAAAUGUAUGACAUUUUUGGAAAAUAUGGACCUAUUCGACAAAUCAGAGUAGGAAAUACUCCUGAGACGAGGGGAACCGCCUAUGUAGUCUAUGAAGAUAUCUUUGAUGCCAAAAAUGCUUGUGAUCAUUUGUCAGGAUUCAAUGUGUGCAACAGAUACCUUGUUGUUUUGUACUACAAUGCAAACAGGGCAUUCCAAAAAAUGGAUACUAAGAAGAAAGAAGAACAGCUCAAGCUUCUGAAGGAGAAAUAUGGAAUAAACACAGAUCCACCAAAAUAAAACUUUUCCUAAGGAGCUGAUUGUUUUGGAUUAUUUAAAAACAUCAGUGUUUCUGGGCCAAAUUUCACCCCCAAAUAUGGACACCUGGUUUAUAGAAGCAUUGGUAAUUUUAGUUCCUCAUUUGAUUACAUAACCAUCUUGAUUGUUCUCACCUUUAGAAGAAUUAUUCACUGCUGUAUAAUGACUGGCACUUAAAUUAGCUAAGGCGUUGGGAUAACAUUUUUCCACAAUUGAGAGAUCAUAUUAAUAUAACCUUUUUAGCCAUUACAGUCGGUGGAAUGUGUAAAAUAUUCUGAGGGUUCAGUCUCAUAUUUAAUUUGUAAAGGAGAAGCAUGCAUAUUUUAAAAUAUAUUUUGGUACUUUACUUCCUAAGCAUAGCCCGUAAUUUGUCUUCUUUGCAUAAUGUGUUGAAAAAAGCUGUCUGAUGUACUUUAAACAUUAUAAAACAUUUUCAGGGCUGUAGGAAGGGAAUGAGGAAGUGAAAAAUUCUUGACAAUUAUCUUGUAUGUACUAUUACACAAUAAUUUGUUUACGGUUGUCAUGUUCCAAGAGGUUCAGAACUGUUGUCUGUUUGAGAGUUCCAUUGCUGACCUGUGUCUCUUUGGUUGCAAUGAGCUGGACCAAGAAUCUGACAGCAUUUGAAAAAGAAUAAACCCUUCUUGAUCACAUGACCUGCUUUAAAAAAAAAACAAGUUUGGAGUUGUGCAGACAUUUUCUUUGCUUAAAGUGUAUAGAAAUGUUCAGUUUUGCUAGUGAGGGAUAACACUUUUGCAAUCAGAUACAGUAGAGGUUAAAGAUUUGGUUAACUCUCUUGUAUAAUAUCUUUAUUAUUUAGAAAUAAGGGUUUUUUAAAAUAAAGUGAGCUUAUUUUAAGAGAA